AGUUCCAAACCAGAACGCGAAAAUAAUGCCGGCCUUUCCCAAAGUUCGACUGCUUUCUCGUUCUUAUAAUCGGCCCUGUCCCAGCGUCUUUCCUCGCUCUCGAUUCGUACACCUUGUCUCUUCUCCUACCAUGAUGGCCUUUCGAGCCCUUAGCUUUAGGAAAUUAUGCGUGAUAUCUUUUGCAUUUUUUUUCGUGGUUCUAACAACCAUGAGCGUCGCAGAAGCUUUGUCGCAUUGUAAUUCCAACAGUGAUGGCCCUGUGACCACUACAAACCCUUUGGUUAUCUUCCUCGAACGUGUCCAAGAGACGGCCCUGAGCACCUUCGGAGGAUCAAAGUUUGACCCUAAGCUUUAUGUUGACAUGUCGCUGAAGUUCGACUUAUCGACGACUGAGGCCGCUUUUGAUAAGCUUCCAAGGUCCUCAAAUGGAUCAGUUUCGAUUGAGGAUCUAAAUGGGUUCUUAGGUAAGUACUUGCAGGGUGCAGGGGAUGAUAUGGUCUACUCUGAACCAGUGGAUUUUGUCCCAGAGCCGGAAGGGUUCUUGCCAAAGGUGAAGAAUCCGGAGCUGAGGGCCUGGGCCCUGGAGGUCCAUGCUUUGUGGAAGAAUCUGAGUAGGAAAGUCUCUGAUGGGGUCCUGAAGCGGCCAGAGUUGUAUACUCUGCUCCCUCUGCCUCAGCCGGUCAUGAUUCCGGGUUCACGAUUUAGAGAGGUCUAUUACUGGGAUUCUUACUGGGUAAUUAGGGGAUUGCUAGCAAGUAAGAUGUAUGAGACUGCAAAAGCAAUUGUGACAAAUCUUGUUCACAUGAUAGAAGAAUAUGGUCAUGUCCUUAAUGGUGCAAGGGCUUAUUACACUAACAGAAGCCAGCCUCCCCUUCUAAGUGCUAUGAUUCAUGCAAUAUACACUAGGACGGGUGAUAUACAAUUUGUUAAAAAAUAUCUCCCUGCACUGGUCAAAGAGCAUCACUUUUGGAGUUCAGGAAUACAUAAGGUGACCAUUAAAGAUGCUCAAUCUUGCAAUCACACUUUAAAUCGGUACUAUGCAAAGUGGAACAAACCCAGGCCUGAAUCUUCAACCAUUGACAAGCAAACUGCUUCCAAGAUCUCAAAUGUUUCUGAGAAACAGAAUCUCUACCGCGAACUGGCUUCAACUGCUGAAUCUGGUUGGGACUUCAGCACGAGGUGGAUGAGGAAUCAUUCAGAUCUCACAACAUUGGCCACAACAUCAAUUUUACCUGUCGAUUUAAAUGCCUUCAUACUUGGGAUGGAACUAGACAUUGCCUUGUUAGCAAAAGUUGCAGGAGAUGAUAGCAUUGCAAAGAGGUUUUCAAAAGCUUCUCAAGCCAGAGUGAAGGCAAUAAAAUCUGUUCUCUGGAAUUCAAAGAAGGGACAAUGGUUUGAUUACUGGCUCAGUGAUCACACAUGCCAGGAACCUCAAACUUGGGAAGCUGGUAACCAGAAUCAGAAUGUAUACGCUUCAAACUUCUUUCCUUUGUGGAUUGAGUCAUUCUACUCAGAUACUCCCCUGGUGAAUGAAGCCAUGAAAAGCUUCCAAAGUUCAGGCCUGCUUCAUGCUUUUGGGAUAGCAACUUCUUUGACAAACUCAGGAGAACAAUGGGACUUUCCAAAUGGUUGGCCCCCAGUUCAACACAUGAUAGUCGAGGGUCUAGCUAGAUCUGGAUCAAAAGAAGCAAGGUCAGUGGCCGAAGACAUUGCUGAGAGGUGGAUAAGAACCAACUAUGCUGCCUACAAGAAAACAGGCACAAUGCACGAAAAAUAUGACGUGGAAAAAUGUGGAGAAUUUGGAGGUGGUGGUGAAUAUGUACCCCAGACUGGUUUUGGCUGGUCAAAUGGAGUUGUUUUGGCAUUUCUGGAGGAGUUUGGAUGGCCUCAAGACCGGACGAUACAUUGCUGAUUAUAUUGGAGUUUGCACAAUGCCAGAGGUAGAUUGCUGAUGGCCUCAUCUAGCAUAUUAUUUUUAAAUAAUGAGGCUCUUCGUUAUAGCGAGGUUGCCUGCAGAUAAAAUCAUCGCAACAAAUACCAGUGAACCUUGAAACUGAAGAUAUAUAUCUGCUAGUCUACAGAGGAAACUCAACAAAAUUUAUUCAUGAAACUCCAUAUUCCACCGGAGCUUCACUGACAGUGGAAAAUUCAAGUUUAUGAUUUCCAAAUUUGAUUCCAGUGUUAGCAUUGCUA